AUGUUAAAGAGGGUCCCUGCCGUGUGGUACAGUACAGUUGGGCGUGUUGCCCGUGGCGGUGUCCCCCCCGGUGGUGGUGGAGUUGCUGAGUUCAGGAAGUACGUCGAGGAGGAGGCCGCGGUGCUUCGUCGACUGCCCCAAGAGGUCACGGACAAGAGCAGUGCUCUCGUUGCGCUGCACAGCCGGCUGCGACUGCCCGAGGCGUUCACGACGGCGCAUCUCGCGAGGUGUCUCAGUUGCAAGAGCGGUGCUGGGCCGGGGGCCAGCGGGGCGCUUGAUAAUCGUGGGUUGAACAUCUUUGGGAAGAACUUGCUCACGAUGGAGGUCACUGCCGAGUUGCUGAGACGGUUCCCGAGACUGCCCUUGCCCGUGCUGAACGCAGCGGUGGACGGGUACAUCGGGGAAGGUGUCUUAGCAGGGAUAGCUCGAGGAUGGGGGGUUCAACCGGAGACGAGGGGAGUGUUGGACAGGUUUCUAUCGGGGGAGACGGUCGAGGCGACUCUUGGGAGAUUGAGGUACGUUGGUGGUGCGAGUGCAAGCUCAAUUGCGAGUGCAGCCAGUGGAAGCUCAAUUCAUGAAGCUGGAUCAGUUGCGGAUGUUAGCGGAAACGCAACGGCACCGGAGGCAGAUGCCCCAGGUACAGCUGCUGUUGCUACUUCUAUUCCAUUGGAAACAGGUACACAAGCACCUGUUUCCAGUUCUAGUGGUAGUGCGCUCGCCCUCUUUGUGCGCAGCACGCUCGCCGUGCUCUGGACCGUGUCCCCCGCGCUCUCGACCCAGUUCAUCCGGGAUCACGUCCUCUCGCGGCGACUGGACGUCAAAGCUCUCUUCUCGUUCGAGCAACCGACGCGGGAACUAGCGAGACUCUGCACGAGAGAACGACUACAGAGACCCACUUCACGGCUGCUCGCGGAGUCUGGGAGGCUCUCUCGAGCACCAGUGUUCAUCGUUGGCGUGUUCUCCGGCGAAGAGCAACUUGGCGAAGGGUUUGGUAGCUCGUUGAAGGAGGCCAAGGCAAGGGCUGCCACGGAUGCGCUGAUGAAGUGGUACUGCUACUCGCCGGGGGAGACCACUGACGUGAUAGACCCUGGUACGGUCAUCGUCUAA